UUAAGAUAUUUAAAUACUAUUUUACUUAAUUUUGUUAACCGACGAAAUUUAAAUCAUUUCCUGAAGCGCAACUAUAGUCAACCGAUUAAAAUGUCGAAGGUAUCCAAGCUUAAGCGCCUCGUUAAAGAGUUCGAAGAUCUAAGCGUUCCCGCCGAGUCGCAAUCUAUCGUAAAAAUAAUAAGAUCGUGCGGUAAUAAUCUUCACGAAGUCGUAGACACUGACGGGAAUGAGUAUCUCGUGUCUAUGCCGACGAAAUUUCGAAAAAACAUUUGGGUGAAACGAAAUGAUUUCGUAUUGGUGGAACCAAUACCAGAAGGGAAUAAAGUAAAGGCCGAGAUCGUCAAGAUAUUAACACGAGAGCAUAAAAGAUGGUACCGCGCGCAGAACUGUUGGCCCCAAGAAUUCGAUGAAACGUCUGACUCCAAUCGAGGAACCACCGGCGAAGACGGUGAUAAAAAUGAUGAUCUUUUUGUAAAUACAAAUAGAAUAAAUCGUAAUUGUAGUAUACCAGAUAAUGAUAGUGAUACAAGUUCCGAUGAGUUUAAUUCUAGUUCAUAAUUUUUAUACGGCGUUGUAAAUAAUAAAGUUGUUUAUAUGUGAAAAAUAA